UACGAGUCAGUCACCAACGAACCUUAGAAUCGAGCAGUCGCCAUGCAAUGCACGCGUCCGUAGAGCGACACACAAAUACAAAAGAAUAAAAAAAUAAAAUAAUCAAAAAAAAAAAAAACGACACCAACAAAAAAAAGAAAACACACUGACAGCGCAACAACAAAACGAACAGACAGCAAAACCAAUACACUGACACACACACACAUUAAUACGAACAGAGACUGAGGCUCACUUACACAUACACACACCUACACUCACACAUACAGCGUAAGAGUCUGAGAAACGCAGAGAUUUACAAGUGCAAGCAAAAGCAGCAGCAGCAGCAGCGAAAAAGUCUUCUGCGCCCAAAAAUAGAGUGAAACGUGCAUAUAUUUGUUGUUGUUGUUGUAAAGCAGGAUAAAACGGAAACUAACCUACAUUUUCGCGCUCUUUCGCACGCUUUCGCACAAGCCAACCAGCCAGCCAGUCACUACACAAAUACAGAAGCCUCACACACACACAAAUACAGUCAAACACACGCAUACACGAACAGCAACUGUGACGCCUGAGCUCGUGCUCUCUCGUUCCCGCGCUCGCGCUUCCUUCGCACACACUGAAGCAAAAGCAGAAGCAGUAGCCGAAGCCGAAGCAGAAGCAAAAGCAAAAAAAGAAAUCAACAGUAAAUUGUAAUAACACUUCUCAGCUUAAGGUGUGUGCGUGCACCGUUGUCGUCCAUGUGCUUACUCUUCUGGUUCUUGUUGUUGUAGUCGAGCAUUACUUGUGUGUGUGUUCGUGCAUGUGUGUGCGUGCGUGCGUGUAUGUGUGUCAAACAAUGUGCGUGCCAGCGCUUUUUUUCGCCUUUGCCGUUGUCGUUGCCUGCUGCGUCUCCGCGUCCGUUUCCUUUGCCAACAUUGUUGCAUAGAGAGCCGCGAGACGACGCGAUUGCGACUAAAAUAAAAAUGUAAUUAAUGUAAAAUACAUACGCACACACAAACAUACACAUUCACAUGCUCGUACAUAUUAUACUAAGUACACAAAAGCCACAAAACAACUGCUAAACUAAAACAAAAGCAGCAUACAACAACAACAACAACAACAACAACAACGAGAACAGCUACGAGAAGAGUAAGAGUAAGAGUAAUAAUAAUAACAAAAGUGUGCCCAGCUGGGGCCAAUUGAAGUCGCCGCAGUGAAAGCAAACGCAAAAGUGAAGUGCUAAAGGAAAUUGCAGUAAGCGCAAAAAAGAAAAAAAAAGAAAAAGCGAAUACGAAUACGAAUGCGAAUGCGAAUAUAAAUAGUAACUGGUGCAUUGGGCAAAUUGAAAUGUAAAUACGCCCCAUAUCCCUCCCCCCAAAAACCACCCAAACACAUACACACGCAUGCAGCUGCAUAUAUAUGAGUGUGUAUGUGUGCCUGUGUGUGUAUUUCUACUGUGCGAUUACAUAAAGAAAACAGCAGCAGCUGCAAUUGCAACAAAAUGCAAUUAGCAAUAUUUAAAGUAAUCAGCCACAAAGCACAAAAUGUAAGGCAGCAAUAAUCAACGGAACGCAUCGCAUCGCUAACUGAACGAAAAGCUCACAAAAGCCACUACUUUUUUUUUGUAUUUUUUUUAUUUUGAAGCGAGGCGAUGCCAUUAUUGGAAACUGUCAAACUCGUCAGAUUUGCAUAGCUUUAGCUACCACUACACUCACACACACACAUAGGCGAGCAAUCUCACACGUACACAGUCGAAACUAAUCUAUACUUACACACAUACAACUAUAAUAUAGAGAGAUGCUCCACAUCAUGAAUGAGUCGAACGUGGUGGUGAGCCCAACAACAACAAAAGCAAUAACAACAACAACAGCAGCUGAAGCUACGAUAACUACAAGAAAAGCAACAACAAAUGCAAAAGAGCACUGAGAAAUGUUAACAAAGGCGACAAUAUUAACGCUAAACACGACGACGAUCCCAAUGUACUGUACGUGUGUGUGAAGAGAACAACAACAACAACAACAACGCUUUAAGCUUUAAGCAGCACCCAACAAAACAGCAAUCGACUGUGUGUGUGUGUGUGAAACAGAGAAUAAAACGAGAGCGUAAGAGUGAGAGAGAGAGGCAGCAAGACAUGCAGCUGCGAUAAGAGAGCAAUAGCAAAACCGCAAACCUCAACCGCAAAAGGCACAAGGAGAUAAACAAGGACAAUCAGUCAAAAUGAGUGAUGAUCAAACGGUAGCCGCACAGAAUGAUGAUAAAGUUGCCAAACAGCAAGUCGUUGCCUACACGCAAAAGUCGCAGGUCAAGCACGAGAAUCGCCACAUUCAGCUGGUGCGGGAGUAUGGCUUCCAUCCGCGGACGAAGGCCUCUGUAGAGGAUGGCGAUGUCCUGCCCCGCAAAUUUGAGCCCUUUCCGGAGCACAUGUACGGCAAACCGCUCGAGGAGAUUGACACCUUCAUAUACGAAGAGACAUUUUGCGUGGUCUCCAAAAGAUUCCGCAAGAACUACAUACAUCGCUUUACGGGCACCAAAAGCCUUUUCCUCUUCCAUCCAUGGAGUCCAUGGCGUCGUGUGUGUGUCUACAUUGCAACGAAUCAAUUCUUCGACUAUUGCGUUAUGGCGACCAUUCUAUUCAACUGUAUUUUCCUAGCCAUGACUGAGACUGUGGAGGAAGCUGAAUAUAUCUUCCUAGCCAUUUACUCAAUUGAAAUGGUAAUCAAAAUCAUUGCCAAAGGCUUUUUGCUCAACAAGUAUACCUAUUUGCGUAAUCCAUGGAAUUGGCUGGACUUUGUGGUCAUCACUAGUGGUUAUGCGACCAUUGGCAUGGAGGUUGGCAAUCUGGCCGGAUUGCGUACGUUUCGUGUUCUACGAGCCCUAAAAACAGUAUCCAUUAUGCCUGGGCUCAAGACGAUCAUCAAUGCAUUGCUACAUUCGUUUCGCCAAUUGGCCGAGGUCAUGACUCUGACCAUCUUCUGCCUAAUGGUUUUUGCCCUCUUCGCCUUGCAAGUCUACAUGGGCGAGCUGCGGAACAAAUGUGUGCGCACUGUGCCCGCGGAUUGGACAAACAUCUCGCACUUGGACUGGCAAAUAUGGGUCAACGAUACGGACAACUGGCUGUACGAUGAAGAAGAGAUGCCCAUGCUGUGUGGCAAUCUGACUGGUGCUCGACACUGCCCCCUUGGCUUCAUGUGCAUCUGUGUGGGCGAGAAUCCCAAUCACGGCUACACGAACUUUGACAACUUCAUGUGGUCCAUGCUGACGACAUUCCAAUUGAUUACACUCGACUACUGGGAGAACGUCUACAAUAUGGUGCUAGCAACAUGUGGUCCAAUGAGUGUCUCAUUUUUUACUGUGGUUGUGUUUUUUGGCUCAUUCUACUUAAUUAAUUUGAUGUUAGCUGUAGUCGCGUUGAGUUACGAGGAGGAGGCGGAAAUCACAAAUGAGGAGCGUAAGAAAGAUCUGUUGGAUCAUCGAGAUGAUUCGACGUUCAGCUUUGAUCCAUCUGUGCUGAGCGUUAAGAAGUUAAAUAAGAACAACAAAAAGAAGAUCGAUUCACGGAAGGGUGUGCUCCUCGCCUCCUACAGCAAAAAGAAGACACGACGAAAAAAGACCAAAGGUGGCAAGGACACUGCCAGCAACAAUGGCAGCAAUGGCAAUGAUCACGAACGCAAUAAAUCUCAUUCGGCGACGCCCAGUCCAGGACCAAGUCCACGUCACAGCACCAGCGAUCGACCAACAGCGUUAACGCUGCAGGCGCAAAAGCAAUACCAACAAAUGGAGCAACAACAACAACAGCAUCAGCAGCAGCAACAACAGCAGCAACAACAGCAACUACAGUUGCAGCAGCAACAACAGCAACAGCAGCUGGUCAAGACCGAACAGGUGGCGGCCACAUCACAGCAAAAGACUCGCAUCAGCUUCAGGGAGGGCAAUGUUAAGAAUCCCAAUAUGCUAUAUCCCUCCGACUACAAGGGACAGCUGAUAACGAGCAGUCGCCAGACGAGCUCCAAUUCCAGUGGCGGUGUUAAUCGCGAAUCCUCGCAGGAUGAUUCCGGUGUGGUGGACGAUCACGAGGAGCAAGACACGGCCACUGAACUGGGCCAUGUGUCUACCGUGGAAUUGGCACUGUCGCCGCGCGAAGUGCGUCUCAUCAAAUGCAAUGGAAAUAUAGCGCGCAUCAAGAAUCACAAUGUUUAUGCGCUGCAUCAGGAAUUCUCCUCAGAGGUGGUGGUCAUAGAUGAUCUCCCCGAUCGCAAUUGCGAUCGCUGUGUGCACUGUUGCACCGACUACGAGAGCUGGCUGCAGUUCCAAAAUUGCCUCUACAAAGUGGUGCGAGAUCCAUUGUUUGAGCUCGCCAUUACGCUGUGUAUUGUUCUGAACACAGCGUUUCUGGCCAUGGAGCAUCAUGGCAUGAGCGAAAGCUUUCGCAAUGCCCUCGAUGUGGGCAAUAAGGUUUUCACGUCCAUUUUCACAUUCGAAUGCAUUGUGAAAUUGAUGGCAUUGUCUAAGGAGUUCUUUCUCUGCGGCUGGAAUAUUUUCGAUCUGCUUAUUGUCACAGCCAGUCUACUCGAUAUCAUCUUCGAACUGGUUGACGGCUUGAGCGUUUUGCGUGGUCUGCGUUUGUUGCGGGUGUUGAAGCUGGCACAGUCUUGGACGACGAUGAAGGUGCUGUUGAGCAUCAUUAUAUCGACAAUUGGUGCGCUCGGCAACCUCACGUUGAUCCUCGUCAUAGUCAUUUACAUAUUCGCUGUGAUUGGCAUGCAAUUGUUCUCCAAAGACUACACACCCGAGAAAUUCGAUCCAGAUCCAGUGCCAAGAUGGAACUUUAAUGACUUCUUUCAUUCGUUCAUGAUGAUCUUUCGCAUUUUGUGCGGUGAAUGGAUCGAGCCUCUGUGGGAUUGCAUGCGUGCCGAAGAAGAGCAAGGAGCUUCAACGUGCUUUGCCAUAUUUCUGCCUACUUUGGUCAUGGGAAACUUUAUGGUUCUCAACUUGUUCUUGGCCUUGUUACUCAACAGUUUUAAUUCCGAGGAGCUCAAGUCAAAGAAAGAGAUUUUCAAGAAAAAGGAGGUGGGCGAAGAGUCGAAGCUGGCACGUAGCAUUGAACGUGUCCGUGAUCUCAUUCGCAAGAAGCGGCAGGAGCGCAAGGAUCGCAAGGAGCGCAAAUUUGCCGAGAAGUUUCAGCAGAUUGUGCUCGAGGCACAGCAGGCGCAUGCUACCAGCCAAGUGGCAGCCAGGGAAAUCGACAAGCCCGGUCUGCUGGCGGAAACCAAGUUCCAUAGAUUAAGUUAUCAAGAAUCUAUGAACCGUCCAGUUUCUGGCUCGGAUUUUGGCUUUCAAAUUCCGCUCAGCGACGGGCUGCACACGAUUGUCGAUGGCCUGGAAUACGAUGAGCCUGCUCAGCCCACUGCUGAUGGCCAACAGCAAAUGCAAGAGCAGCCGGCUCUGGACAGUCUGCCGCCCACUUACGAGUCAGCCAUGUUGUCCGCCUCGAUCAAUGGCCAUGUCAGCGCUCAAGGAAACGGCAGCACCAGUGGCUGCGAUCAGAAUUUGACGCCAGUGGCGCUGGCAGAGCGUAGCCGGCUGCAGCAUCAGAUCUCCUCGGGCGUGGGCACCCAGCAGAAUGAUUCUAGGGAUGAGGCCACCUAUACGGAGUCCAUUGAGCUGCGCCUGCUCGGCCAAUAUAACUCAACGGACACGGAUCCUUAUGCCUAUGCGCCCGAUCAACGCAGCGGCUCCUUUGCACGCGGAGACUCGCUGCAGGAUGCGGACGAGGCGUAUCUCAAGUACCAAAAGUCACUGUUAACGCGUUCGCCCAGUUAUCGCAAGUCCCUCGAUCGCUUGUCGCAAUCCAGCGGACAGUCACAACGCUCGCUGUUGCCCUCGCGUAGUCUCAAGUCCGAGGAGAGCGCCAUGCGACGGCACUCGAGUGGACACUCUCUGAACUCCAUAUCGCUGGAGCAGGAUGAGCUGCUGUCGCAGGCGAAUUUGCGCGAGGAGCUGCUCAAUUGUGAUCAAAAGGAAUUGUUUCAGUUUCUGCAGGACGAUGAGGAGCUGUUGGGCAAAAAGAAAUUGACCACGAACAGCAUCAAAUCGAAUCUCAGCUACAUUUCCAAUUCGAUAAUGCAAACGCUGGAUUCGCGGCACAGUGGCAGCCACUCCAGUCACGCCAAUGGACAGCCGGAGAGCGAACCAUUAAUGGAGCAUUCGGAAUUUGACAAUAUCAUACAGAGCUUUGAGAAAGAACUGGAGGAGAUUAAACGCUCGACCAGUUCGCUCGAGCGCAAGAUCUCAACGCUUUCGGAACCAUCGCCAGCUGCCGAUGAGGCAACGAAAGCGAUCAUGGAUCACAUAGCAAUCAUAACAGGCGCCUCGGAACGCACCGCGGCCGAUGAGGUGGUGCAUCCAUUGAAUCCCUACGAUAGUUACGAUCUGUCCAGCGUGCCGCGACGCUCACAAUCCGUUAGCGCUGCCGCUCAGCGGCAGUCCGUAAAGUUGAAACGACGCAGCCUUGAGAAGCAGCGCAAGAUCGACGAGGACUUUAGCAUAUCGAAUGAAAUACGCAAAAUCUGUGAUCAAAUCCAUGCACCAUUCGCCGCCAUGGAAGCACUCGCUGUGGCCGCCACCAGUGGCAGCAGCAACAACAGCAACAAUGUGACCGGUGGCCAAUCACCAUUUGCGCGUCGCAAAAACGAUCCAUUCAGCGUGCAAUUCGAUCGCUUUAAGCGUCUGUCGCUGAUCGAGCGUGUGGAGGAGCUGCCCGAGGAGGAUAAGCCCAUAUCGACGCUACGCAUCGAGUCGGAGAAGAUGCCGCGAAAGUUUCUCAACAGUGACAAACUGCGCAUGGAUAGUCUGUCGCUGAAGAGCACCAACUCGUAUGAGAAUCUGCUCAUCCAGAAGCAAAUGUGUCGCGAUGGCGGCAUGGGGCAUGCAAUGGGUGUGCCGGCGACGCCGCCAACGUCCCUCAAAUCGAGCAUUGAGCCACCAACACUGGCGCAAAUUUCAUCGCUAAAGGCAACACCGCCGCUGGCUGCCCUCACGGAGCAUCAGCAGCAUUAUCACGCCACAAGCAUACAAGCCACAAGCAUAGCAACCACAACCACAAUACCAACAACAGCAAUGCACCCAACGGCUGUGGGCGCGACCAGUAGUAAACGUCGCGCCGAGCAUCCACAAUCGACACUAGACAAAGCCGCAUCCUUUCAAUCGGCGCGCACCGAAUCGCACAGUUCGGGCGCAGCGGAUAGUAGCUCGGGAUUGGGCCUCGGCCUGGCACUGGCCAGCAAUCGGUCAAUGUCCAAUGGCCAUCAAGAACAACGACGACGGGCUGGUGAGAAGACUGAAACGACUGAGCAGACCACCACGACCACUACAAAAGCGUCGUCGGCGUUCUCACGACUGACCGAAAAACCAUGGCAUUGUUUGGUUUCCUACGUAGACGAUCUCACUGUCGGUGGGAGACGUAACUCGCAGGGCGCUUACAAUGAUCCCAUGACUUUUCCGAGCUUUGGCCAGGCAAAGCCGCCAAAAGUGCCAGACGAUUGCUUCCCCCAAAAGUGCUACGAUCACUUCUACUUUCGCUGUCCGUGGUUUAUGUCCUGCAUGGACACACCGAGUGCGAAGCACUGGACACGAGUAAGGACGGCAGUCUUGACGGUUGUCGAUACUCCAGCCUUUGAGUGGUUUGUGCUAGUGCUGAUCUUUGCGUCAAGUAUUACGCUCUGCUUCGAAGACAUCUAUCUGGACAGCAAUAAGACCCUCAAACGCGUGCUCUACUGGACCAACUUCUCCUUCUGCCUCAUCUUUGUUGUCGAAAUGGUGCUCAAAUGGCUUGCGCUAGGCUUCUCCAAGUAUUUUACCAGUUUCUGGACGAUACUUGACUUUAUCAUAGUGUUUGUAUCUGUGUUCUCGCUGCUCAUCGAGGAGAAUGAGAAUCUUAAAGUGCUGCGUUCGUUGCGCACACUGCGAGCUUUGCGUCCGCUGAGAGCCAUCUCUAGGUGGCAAGGAAUGCGGAUUGUAGUAAAUGCUCUCAUGUAUGCAAUACCAUCAAUUUUCAAUGUACUUUUGGUUUGUUUAGUUUUUUGGUUGAUUUUCUCCAUAAUGGGUGUGCAAUUCUUUGGUGGUAAAUUUUUCAAAUGCGUCAAUGAGUUGGGCGAGUUGCUGCCAAUUACUGAAGUGAACGAUAAGUGGGAUUGCAUAGAGCAGAAUUACACGUGGAUCAACUCAAAGAUUACCUUUGAUCAUGUGGGCAUGGGAUACUUAGCGUUGCUUCAGGUUGCCACCUUCGAGGGCUGGAUGGAGGUGAUGGCCGAUGCCGUGGAUGCUCGGGGAGUGGAUCUGCAGCCACAGAGAGAAGCCAAUUUAUAUGCGUAUAUUUAUUUUGUUAUAUUUAUUGUGUGCGGAUCGUUCUUUACACUCAAUCUAUUCAUUGGAGUUAUCAUUGAUAAUUUCAAUAUGCUCAAAAAGAAGUAUGAAGGAGGAGUGUUGGAAAUGUUUCUCACCGAAUCUCAAAAACAUUAUUACACCGCUAUGAAAAAAUUGGGACGAAAGAAACCACAGAAAGUUAUUAAGCGACCUAUAAAUCAUUUUUUAGCUAUGUUUUAUGAUUUAUCCAAUUCGAGAAGAUUCGAAAUUGCGAUCUUUGUACUGAUUUUUCUCAAUAUGCUUACGAUGGGCAUCGAGCACUACGAUCAGCCUCAUGCCGUCUUCUUUAUCCUGGAAGUAAGCAAUGCCUUUUUCACAACAGUCUUUGGUCUUGAGGCCAUCGUAAAGAUUGUGGGACUGCGUUAUCAUUACUUCACUGUACCGUGGAAUGUAUUUGACUUUUUGCUGGUGUUGGCCUCCAUCUUUGGCAUACUAAUGGAGGACAUAAUGAUCGACUUGCCCAUAAGUCCAACGCUGUUGCGUGUGGUGCGAGUCUUUCGCAUUGGUCGCAUCCUGCGUCUCAUUAAGGCUGCCAAGGGCAUACGGAAAUUGUUGUUUGCCCUCGUUGUCUCGCUGCCAGCGUUGUUCAAUAUUGGCGCUCUGCUCGGACUGAUCACGUUCAUCUAUGCGAUACUGGGCAUGUCGUUGUUUGGCCAUGUCAAGCUGCAGGGAGCACUUGACGAUAUGGUUAACUUUCAGACAUUUGGUCGCAGCAUGCAGCUGUUGUUUCGCCUAAUGACAUCGGCGGGCUGGAAUGAUGUAUUGGAGUCACUAAUGAUACAGCCGCCGGACUGUGAUCCGUUCUUCAAUCGACAAACGAACGGCGACUGCGGUCAUCCACUACUGGCUAUCACCUAUUUUACGAGCUUCAUUAUAAUCAGUUAUAUGAUUGUGAUUAACAUGUACAUUGCCAUCAUCCUGGAAAACUUCAAUCAGGCGCAUCAGGAAGAAGAGAUUGGCAUUGUUGAAGAUGACUUGGAAAUGUUUUACAUACGUUGGUCCAAAUAUGAUCCACAUGCCACCCAAUUUAUACACUUCUCGCAACUGUCCGAUUUUAUUGCCUCACUCGAUCCACCAUUGGGCAUCUCGAAGCCCAAUAAUGUCGCUUUAGUGUCAUUUAAUCUGCCCAUCUCUAAGGGUAAUAAAAUACACUGUCUCGAUAUUUUGCACGCGCUAGUUAAGCACGUGCUAGGUCAUGUCGAGGAGACCGAUAACUUCAAACAGUUGCAGGAACAAAUGGAUGUCAAGUUCAAGAAACAGUUUCCAACGCGCAAAGAAUUGGAAAUUGUUUCGUCGACGCGGAUCUGGAAGCGCCAGGAAAAGGCGGCUAAGACCAUUCAAACCGCUUGGAAGGACUAUUUGCGGCGUAAACGCGAAAAGGAACGGUCCAAUUCAGGUGAUAGCGCCACACAGAACUCCAGUCCCGGUGGCUGGCAAUCGAAGCUCUCUGCGCUGAAUUUUUUCCAUCUGCAGGUAAGCCGUCGUGGCACUGCCUGCUCCAGUCGCGCCUCUUCUCGCAAAUCUUCGCGUGCCUCGGAUGCGUCAGAUCUAAGCGAACUCGCUGGACCUUGGCUUAAUCUGCCACUAAUGCUGGUCUCCGGCGCUGAUGAUGUGGUCAAGGAUAUUAAACAGCAAAGCGAUGAGCUGGGCAAACGCAUAUCCUCUUGUAUCUCCCUAAACUAUGAGUCCUUGCUCGCAGAUAUGGUCACAGCCGUAUUAAGAAGUGGCUCCCAGCCUAGUGGCUUGAAUUACUUAGCUGCAAUAAACACCAACAACACCACCUCAACCUCAACAUCCUCCACAUCCGCCUCAGCCUCUGCCUCAGCCUCUGCUGGCGCCACAAUCAACGUUGACCAACAGCAGGCGGCAGUAACUCCAACGCGUAAGCGCGCCUCUAGUUUUAUUCGCAAGAAACCGCCCCUAGAAAGAGGUUUGUCAGCACAAAGCGCUUUAAGAGUUAACAAGAACGCUUUUGUCUCGGAUGGACCAGCACCGGAGGUGAUUGUAACGAAGCCAUCGCCGGAACAGCAAACGCAUCCGCUGGCGCAUGGACAUUCCCUCAGUCUGCGACCGGACAAUGCAACGUUAGUGCAUGUGCUGGUGCAUCGCGAGAGCGAGGAAUACAAGGAGGAGGACGACGAGUGUAGCCAGUCAUCGCACGUCAGUCACAGCACAUCGAACAGCAAUGGCAAUGGCAAUGGGCAUGAGAAGCCGAAGCCACCGCAGAUACGCAUCAGUACCGGUUCCGCAGAGAGCGCCAUGGAUAGCUGUCUAAUGCCCACGGUGCAGAUCAUGGUUGACAGUCCAAAGGAGCCGCCACGAGGUGACUUUAGCAUGGACAGCGGUUUUGCCAAUGCACCGACAACCCCUGCAAUUGAUGUCGAUACGCCGAUCGAUGUCAACGUGCAGGGCGAUACAUCGCAAGUGUUCUACGACUACAAUCCCGAGUCCAAUGUUGUGCAUACAACUGACAUGGCUGUUACCAUUGAGGAGGGAGAGCAACAAACACAUGCACCCGUUGCCGAAGUCAGUGCACGCAUUGAGGACCAGCAAAGAUGACCUUCAAUCAAUACGGGAGAGUCAGAGAGUCAUCAGGAUCAGCAAUCCAAUAGCAAGAGCAACAGCAAUACGAGCACCAUUACCAGCAGCAACAGUUGCAGCAGCACCAGCAGCAGCAGCAGCACCUCAUCAGCUAGCCAGUCAACAGGAGUCGGCGGGCAGCGCCCAAGUUGACAAUCUCCAGUCUGAGAGAAGUUUCCAUUAGCAUUUGGAAGCGCACUUAUAGCCGGGGCAACGCACUUGCCCCUUUGUUAUUAUAGUCGAUUAAUUAUACAAGUAUUUACAUAUGAAACAGACCUACUUACUAGUCGCUUUAUACGAUACUUCAAUGGAACUAUCCAAUGUUUAUAUAUAUCCAUUCAAUGCUGGCUUGGUAACAGUGCGCUGUGCGUCCAGCCAAGUCUAGUUUAGUUUAGCUUAGUUUAGUUUAGUUAAAUUUAGCUUAGCCUUAGCCUAGUUUAGUUUACAACAAAAAAAAUCAAUAUAAACUCUGUGUUAACAAAACGUGCAUUAAACCGUACAGUGCGUACACGUUGUAAUACUCAAAUCAAAUCAAAACAAAAAGCAACAGCAAAUUAAUACACUAACAUUAACAUUAACAUUAAUAUUAACAUUAACAUUAAUAUAACUAUAAAUAUAAAAUUGAAAAUAUGAGAUAGUAUAAAUAGGGUCUAACUAAUCGGUUGGUAUUUUUGUUUAGUCGUCAAUCAAUCAGUCAGUCAAGUAUAUGUAUAUACAACUACUCGUAUAUAUAUAUAUAGGCCGAUUUCGAAGAUAUUUUGAAGGUUGUUUUUAAUUAUACAAUAAAAUGCAAUACGAUACAGAAUUACAUAGAAUUAUACAUAAAUGCAUAUUGUAACUAACAAAUUCGUGGCGUAGUCUUAGGCUCGUGUAUUCGUAAUGAUAGAAUUUCUUUUUCUUUAGCGCAAUAUAUAUACUUAUCUCUAUAUAUAUAUAUAUAUUUUGUACAUAUGCCAAAGGAAGUAUUUUAAAGUAAUGAAAAGCUAAUAAUAUACAUAUAUUUAUUCAUAGCAUUAAUUGAAAACAAAACAUACUAUAUAUUAUAUAUAAAUUAGUUAGCAACGAUUGUAUAAAAUAUUUACGAGAGGUUUUCUGUUGAGAUAUUCAAAUUACCAUUACAACUACGACUACAGUCUAGAAUAUAUUAUCCGUACCGAUUGUUCAAGUACAAAAAAUCGAAGUAUUACCAAAUAGUAGAUUUCAAUACUGUCCUUCCUCCCCUUGUGUCCCCAUUCUCAUGCUAUUCAACACAAUCUCAAUGUAAACUCAAUCUCAAACUCAAACUAAAGCCAAAACAAGAAGUCAAGUGAUUUAACAUUCCAAAAAGCAAUUUAACUCGAAUCAAGUGCAAUUCGCACAAUAAAUCGUUUAAUAGCUAAGAAGACCCAAUCGGGUUAUAGACUCGUAAUUAUUUGUACUACAAAAACACACUGAAGAUGUUAUCGUACUUAAUGCAGCUACAUCAUCAACGACAACUAUGUACGUAUGUACCAGAUCUUUAUUAGCCAGUUGAAUGAAGAACCACAGUCCUACCUAAGCAAUGUGCAUUGUGUACCAGUGAGAACUUUUAUUAUUAUUAUUAUUAUAUAUAUUAUUAUACUUAGCAUACAUACAUAUUAAAUUAUACAUUUACUUAUGAUCUUAACACUAUAUCGAAUACUCUUACCAUAGGCAUACAUACUACCAAGUGUUUUUAUUUAGUCUAACUAAAACGUGAAAUCAAAAUUGCAUUAAUGAUCGAUCUUCUAUACAAAGCUUCCACGAACAUACUCGUACAUACUCGUGCAUACAUUUAUAUACAUAAUUAACAAAUUAUAUACACAUGUACUUCUAUAUCUUUACAUACAUAUACACAUACUUAUACCAACUAUAUUUGUAUCUACAUAUACUUUAGGCCUUGGCCGAGUUUCAAAGAAACUGAUUUGAAAUGUUGUUUUCUAUUAUUAUUAUACAUAUUGUAUAUUCUGUGAGAAUUGAUUGUGUGUGUUUAGGUUAUACUACAUACAUAUGUAUGGGAUGUAUGUAUAUGCAAUCAUAUUAAGUUUCCACAUCGAACACAGGAUACUGGACAAGUCAAAACAACUGAUAACAUACGACACUCUGCAGCAAUCAGUGCAGCGCACACUUUUACACUUCUACUCGAAAACUCUUUCUAACUUAACAACAGACAAUCAGACAGCGAUUGAUAUAAAAUUGAAAUUAUGGUACCAAUUAAAUCGUUAUCUCCAAUACAAAAAACCAAAAAAAAACAAAAACAAAUACAAAAUAAAA